CCACGUGAUACGAAAAUCCCAACAUGCCACACAACAACAUCGUGUGUGAAUGGCUGCGUGCCAUAGGUAUGCAACAGUAUGCCGAAAGCUUCAUGGAAAAUGGCUACGAUGAGCUGGAGAUCUGCAAGCAAAUCGGUGAAAUCGAUCUAGAUGCUAUUGGUGUAGACAAUAUACAGCAUCGGAACAAACUUCUGAAGAGUGUGCGAUCAUUGAGGGAGAAAGGAGCAGCCAUUGUGUAUGUGAUGAUUAACGAUCCGAAAGCGUUGAGUAGUAGUAAUGAAAUUCUGGCAUCUGAUUGUGAUGCGCCAACAACGAUGAAGGAGCUGGAGGCUGUUAUGAAGCGUCACUUAGAGGCUGAUGGAAUUCGAUUGACAGCACACCCAUACUCGACGCCGGAGGGCAAACGUGGCUAUUUGGAAGGCCUUGCCGCUCACUAUAGCAAACAGAUUAAUAUGCCGUACGAGGACGUGUUGGACGCAAUUGAAGAGGUACGCGUCUCCAAGUGGAAGGAACGGCAUGUGCGCAUCUCGACAGGGCACACGUUGUCAAGGCGAGCGGGUGGCAGCAGCAGUGGUGGUGGUGUCAGCGUCAUGUCUAGCAUGAUGGGCGGUGGUGGCGGUGUAGGUGUUGGAUUCGGUAUGAUUGGCGGCAAUAUCGCAAAUCAAUCAACCUUGCCAACAAGUCACAGCCAACCAUUGUAUGUGCCAGGGAAGUAUUCGCCAUCUAGUUGCCUUACGAAUCGUGAGGAGAAUGAAAUAUAUAGCUAUACACAAAACGAUUUGGCAAAUCGCAUGGCCCGAAGUGCAAUUGAUUCGAAAUCGGCGGUUAACCUGAAUGGCAUGCAACACAGUUAUCCGGGCGCCAGGCGGAAUUUCUUUUAUGAAUUCUCGGCAACAGAGGGACGCAAUCGGAAUAAAAGGCGCACUGUGUUCGCACGUUUCCUUAGCGGCUUGAAGCAAGGCGCAGAGGAAAAUAGCCCUAAUGAAGGAAUGCAGUUGAAGUCCUCCGAAAAGUUGAAAGCCUGCAGCACGAUGAAACGCGUUGAGCCACAUCAGAAUUUCGAAGAGACAAUAAGACGCUUGAAGACGCAAAAGAAAAAAGCUGAAUCACAUGACAAAGGAAUACACGACAGGGGCAAAGAGGUGGCGCACACCAUGGUCAAUGAAAUGCCACUCAACAAUUAUACGAAGCAUCCUUAGGACAUGGCAAUAAGCGAGGCGACGGAGGCAAA